AUGGCUCAUGCAACAGAGAUAAUAUCGAGUUAAGAUUUCAGAUAUAUUACAAACCAAAUGAUCAGCCCACAAAAGGGAGAUGAUUAUGUUUAAUCCUUUUUAGAUGAUGAAUUAUUUUUCUCUUUCAUCCCCUAAGUCAUUGGUAAGGAAGUCGACAUAUUCUUUACUAAAUAUCUUAUGCAAACCGAUAAUAAUCUCCUUCCAACUGGCAGUGAAUUUGAUACAACAGAGAUGUUUGCCAAAGAAUAAGGAGACUAUCGAGAUUAAAACAGUUAUGCUAGUGAUACUUAUGCAACAAUCUAUCUCAGAAGAUCCCCUUACACUACCUACAUAUCGAGAUCGUAUUAAAAAUUGGAUAAGAUGCUCUCAAUUUUAGGAGGAUUUGCUAAUAUUGUAAUUGUUGUUUUCGGGUUCUUUGUUGGCAUGUAUAAUAAACAAUUAUGUAAUCUAUAAUUUGAUUUCCAUUUAGAUUUAAUUGAAUUGGCAAAUCAAAUUUAUGACUUUAAUUUUGGGUAGGAAUAUCAUGAGAAAUUUGAAAGGGAAAAAUUGGCCUAAGACAUUACAUAUCUAAAGUCACAACCUAUGAUUUUAAGUAGAUGUAGUCCUAUUUCAUCAAUGAAUCCUGGAAAUAGUUCUUUAGGUAAGAAUUAUAGAAUGUCGAUUCGAUAAACUUUCUCUUAGAAAUUGGACUACAUUUAAGGAGUUAAGGCUAAUAAGGAUGAAUCAUGCAAGAUGAUUAUCGGUAGUCAUUGGCAGCCGAUGGGAGACAAGGAUGUUGAAUGGCAAAGUGCAGAUGCUGCUGAUGCCUACAAUCAUCAUUAGGUAGAUGUCUCUGACAUCAUAAAAGAAAAUGCAAAGAAUUAUUAAGAGGAUCCAAGAAUUUCUAAAGAUUAGACUGAAUAGGAUCGGAAGAAAUCCUGCAAAGAAAUCCGUUAAAAAAUAGUUUAGAAAAUCGGAAAUCAUAAUAGAAAGGAAUAUCUGACGAAGCAAAUUUAAGCCAUGCUUGAUCGCAGUAAACCUAUUGUCUUUACAAUUAAAUUUUUACUACAUUAAUUGUUUUGUGGAAAGUUCUUUUAGGAUUAAAAUUCAAUUUUGUUAAAUAAAGCUAUAAAGAAAAUCAACUCAGAUAUUGACAUAUGUGUAUUGAUAGACAAAGUGAAUGAAAUCGAAUUGAUUAAAGAACUAUUAUUGAAUAAAGAUCAAUAGAUUUUGUUUAACUUUGCUCCUAAAGAAGUGAUUACAAUUGAUAAUGAGUACCAUUAACAUUAGCCUCCUGGUAGAAGGGAAAAUAAAGCAUUCACGAAGACUCUUGGAGUUCAAUUUGGAGAUGUAGCCAAAAUGAUGUUAGAUAAAAAGUUUAAGAAAGGGCAGUUUGUCACUCCUGGAAUGCAAAUAUAUUAUAAGCUUUAUUCAGCGUAUGAGAAGGUUGCGUUAUCAAAUGAAAAGAACAAUCGGUUCAACUAAGUUUUGAUUGAAAAACUUGGCCAAGAGGUUAAAGAUGUUUUUGACAUAUCCAAUUAUAUUCAAGGCGAUAAGACUAAUAAGCAUAUAGAAAAACUAAGAAAAAAGAAAAAUAAUCCUUAGGAAGAAGAGUAGCCAAUUGGAUUAACAAGUAUGGAUUACAGAGAUAUUAAUUAAUCUAUGAUUAAAUGA